UUCGGCCGCCUCUGCUCGUGUUUUGCUUCAUCCUGUCCCUCUCUGAUGGUGUUUUUCCACUCUGUCCUGGUAUGUGCCAGCCUAUAAAUUUCUCCGUCUGAUCCUCCUGCUGACACUUGGAAUCCGCCUCUCGAGAUCUCCUUCACGCGCAUAUCAACGUGUACGACAAUAUGAGGACCCUCGGAGCGAUUUUUCUGGUUUUAUCCUUCACUUUACUAACUUCAGCGCAGUUUGCGAGGAAAUGUUCCUCACCGUUGGAGUAUCCAACCACCACGUUGGACAAGACAAUAAUUUCCAAACAAAGUUUCAACAGCGGGGACAGAGUUUUCUACAGGUGUGCCGAGGACUUCACUCCAUCCGCAGGGAAAUCAGCUGUGGUGUGUCAGGAUGGGACAUGGAGUAAACUGACUUUAAAAUGCGACAAGCGAACUUGUGGAAACGCCGGGGAUAUACCCAAUGGACACUUUAUUUAUGACGGAGAAACUUACAUCGGCGAAAAAGUUUUUGCCAAAUGCAAUCAGGGGUACGUUGUGAAGGGAAUGGGUUUCAUGACAUGUGAGAGAACUGGAUGGAGCGGUGAAUUUCCAUCUUGUGUAGAGGGAGUGGUCGAGACCACCUGCUCCACCCCAAGUGUGGACAACUCCUUGCAGAAAGGUGGAGAUGAUGCAGUUCACCGGGUGGGAGACAGCUUGAGCUUCACCUGCAGGCAGGGUUUCCAACUGGACGGAGCUCAGCAGAUCACCUGUGGUCCCGAUGGCCAGUGGCAGCCUCGUUCCCCUCUUUGUCUGCCUGCACCUAUUAAAACUGUAGAGCCACCCUUAAGAAAAGGAGGUGGAUGUGGCACACCAGAAACUAUCGUAGGCUCCAAUGUCAACCUUGUUGACAAGUACGCUGCUAUGACGGCGUUUUCUUCUGGUGAUAAAGUCUACUACACGUGUGAUCUUGGCUAUGUUGCAGCUGGAGGGUACAAGGGUCGCAGGUGUGUCGAUGGAAAAUGGACAAAACUGACACUAAAAUGUGAACAGGGAGUGAGUGUACCCUCUGUGGUCAAGAUCACCUGCCCCACCCCAAGUGUGGACAACUCCUUGCAGAAAGGUGGAGAUGUUGCAGUUCACCAGGUGGGAGAAAGCUUGAGGUUCACCUGCAGGCAGGGUUUCCACCUGGUAGGACCUCAGCAGAUCACCUGUGGUCCCGAAGGCCAGUGGCAGCCUCCCUCCCCUCGUUGUCUGCCUGUACCUAUUAAAACUGUAGAGCCACCCUUAAGAAAAGAAGGUGGAUGUGGCGCACCAGAAACUAUCGAAGGCAAAAGCUCCAAUGUCAACCUUGUUGACAAGUACGCUGCUAUGACGGCGUUUUCUUCUGAUGAUAAAGUCUACUACACGUGUGAUGUUGGAUACAUUGCAGCUGGAGGGAGCAGGAUUCGCAGGUGUAUCGGUGGAAAAUGGACAAAACUGACAUUAAAAUGUGAACGGAAGCUCUGUGGACAUGCUGGAGAAAUUCAAAAUGGACAGUUCGUCUAUACUGGCAUAGAGUUUGGAGACACCGCUACAGCCAAGUGUAACGAAGGGUUUAACAUGAUAGGUAAGGCCACAAGAAACUGCAUGGCUCUUGGUUGGGAUGGACGUGCUCCUGUUUGUGAAGCUGUGGUGUGUCCGGAGCCAAAUGUCUCGAAUGCUGUAAGGAAAGACGUCCAGGAGCCACCAUACAGAUACAAGACUGCGAUUCGCUAUAAAUGUGGUGCUGGGACUCUUGUUGGUCCGAAUGAGAUUUGGUGUACCAAGGAUGGGACAUGGAGCUCAUCUCCUCCAGUCUGCAGAGAGUUAGGAUGUUUAUCACCAAAUGUGAAUCAUGCCUACUGGAUGGGAGCACAUAAGAAAAUGCAUGAACCUAUGGAGACUAUAUCGAUUGAGUGCUUCAGGGGUUACACCAUCAGAGGACCAAACCCGAUCUACUGCAGCAGAGAAGGAACGUGGUUGCCUGAACUUCCCAAGUGUAUGCCUUAUGAAUACAACACAUGGAGAAGAGGAUAGUGUGCUACACGAAGUUUAAAACUGCAUUAUUCAAUCCAGUCUGGAUAAACUGUUCAAUAGUUAGAGGAUGAAAGUCAUCUCUUCAGCUGACGAUGCAUUACUUCCAAAUCUAAUACUAAUUAAAAUCAACCAUAAUUAAUGCACUGCCAUUUAUGUAGCUUCUAUAUAUAUCAUUAUUAUACAGACAUUAAAUAUAUUUAAAAAUGAAACUGAAGUACAGUAUG